UCGAGCCAUCCACCUCUAUCCUUUGACCCGGGGCUCGAAAAUGAUCUCACACAGUGGGACCUUGAUGAAGGACCUGCAGUGAACGCGACAGGACAUCUAGUGUUCAAAAUGGUCAAUUCUUUGCUUCAAAACUGGCCAAAUACAUGUCAUUGUAUUGGUCAUACAAUAGUCCCAGGAAUCAUCCCCAUGGGCACUCUUCUCUACCAUGGAGCCACCGGUCCCCAUUUACCAACUGCUUUGGAUUGGGUGGCUGUAGAGCCAGAACACUCCAUGCUUUUCUGCCAAGGGUCAAUCGAAAAAGGAUGCUGUGGCAUG